AUGAAUAUUUUCAGGUUAGCUGGGGAUAUGACCCAUCUGGCUAGCGUCCUCGUCCUUCUUCUCAAGAUCCAUACCAUCAAAUCGUGUGCUGGUGUCUCGUUGAAAACUCAAGAACUCUACGCACUUGUUUUCGCCGCUCGCUACUUAGAUAUCUUUACGAAUUACAUAUCUCUAUAUAAUACUGUUAUGAAGUUGAUAUUCUUGGGAAGCUCAUUCUCUAUUGUGUGGUACAUGAGGUACCACAAAAUUGUUCGUAGAUCAUACGACAAAGAUCAGGAUACCUUCCGUCACUAUUUUCUUGUAUUGCCUUGCUUACUGUUGGCCCUACUUAUCAAUGAGAAGUUUACAUUUAAGGAGGUGGUAUGGACAUUUUCUUUGUAUUUGGAAGCUGUUGCCAUACUUCCUCAACUAGUACUUCUACAAAGAACCAGAAACAUUGACAAUUUGACAGGACAAUAUGUCUUUCUUCUUGGUGGGUACAGAGCACUAUACAUUCUCAACUGGAUCUAUCGCUACUUUACCGAGCCCCACUUUGUCCAUUGGAUAACAUGGGUUUCUGGGCUUGUUCAAACACUGCUCUAUGCUGAUUUCUUCUAUUACUAUUUCCAAAGUUGGAAGAACAACCGAAAGCUUCAUUUGCCAGCAUGA